AUGCAGUCAAUACUCCGACCUCACUCCCUACUGCGGGCCAACUCUCUUAGCAAAUGUCUCCGCGUUCAUUUCAAAGUUAUUAGCGCGCCAGGCGCCCGCUUUAUCACAACAUCAAAUCAAGAACAAUACGAAACAUCUCUCUACGAGCGAGCCGGUUUGUCGGGACGAGUGCACAUCCUUGGACUUGGCAAUGUAGGGUCAUUUGUUGCCCAUUCGCUAGCGACGAGACGAAACCGACCACCAAUCACGCUGUGUAUGCACAAUGAUCAUAUUCGCCGCGACUUUGAGAAGAAGAAAGGGAGUAUCUCCGUCAGCACCCAUGGUCUAGACGAUGUCAGAACGGGUUUCGAUAUUGAAUCCGUGGACGAAUUCGGAACAUGGUGCCAGGUGCCCAACAAUGAUUACCGAUCUUCGCCAUUCCGAACCGAGGAACCCGACACUCGUGUAGAUGACAGCCCAAUUGAUUGCCUGAUUGUUUGCACGAAGGCACACCGCACAGAGCUUGCUCUCCGAGAUAUCAAGCACCGCUUGACAAAGGAUUCGACUAUCUGCUUCAUUCAUAAUGGCAUGGGAGUGCUAGAUACUAUCAACCAGAACGUUUUCCCGGACCCAGCUGAACGACCAAAUUACAUCCAGUCGGUUUUUAGCCACGGUCUUACAAGGAAGGAUGUUUUCAAGAUCGCCCACAUGGGCGCUGGGACUUUCAUCCUCAGUCCGGUCACAUCCGGCUUGCCUUCGGAGGUAAACGAAGAUGCGUGGGCACCGUCAACGAAGUAUCUUAUGCGUCUCUUGACCCUCACUCCACCAUUGGUUGCUAUGGCCGAGACCCCUGCAGGCCUACAGCAGUACCAGCUCGAGAAAUUAGCAAUGAACUGCGUCAUCAACCCUCUCACCACACUCAGUGAUUGCACCAACGGUGAACUCCUAUAUUCGUUCAGUUUCACCCGCGUCAUGCGACUACUGUUAUUCGAGAUUUCCGCAGUAAUCUGCGCUCUUCCUGAAUUGCAAGGUAUUCCGGGUAUUGAAGACCGCUUUUCUCCAGAACGCCUGCGUCGCCUGGUCGUGAAUCUCGCUCGUAUGACGGCCGAAAAUACUAGCUCGAUGCGUCAGGACAUGCAGAACAACCGGAGGACUGAAAUCGAAUACACCAACGGCUACAUUGUGCGCCGCGGCGAAGAACUUGGCAUCAAGUGUGUACUAAAUUACAUGAUCAAGCACAUGGUCACUGCCAAAGUAGGCCUUGCCCAAGACAGGGAACACGGAUAUGUGCCCUUCGAUAUUGAGAACGACAUUGAUAUCGCCACUUACGAACCAGGCGUUUAG